AAUAAUUAACAUUUUCGUGACCGUGUCAAUCUAAAAACUCUUCAUCAUGGAGAGUGUGUACUUUAUUUUAGCCAUUUUUGUACAGGGACUAUUAGUUCAUGCUGCUGUUGACGAAAAAAGAAUUAUUUUAGAAGAAUUUAAUAAUAACGGAUUUGAAAAUGAAGUUUUAAUCGACGAUGUAAAAGAUGACAAAAAUAAAAAUGAAUGGAUGGAUAUUUUUCUAGAUGCAAACUCUAACUUAUAUCCUGCGGGAUCAUCAGCAGCGAAAAUGGCUCAAGCCACCUUUUCGGAUAAAUCACCUGAGGAACAACUAGAGGAAAUUAAGGAAAUGGCCAAUCAGAUCACUUUGCUCAUUCAAAAUGAGAUGGCCAAUCUUCUCUCCUACGCUAUGGGCUGUGUAGAUAGAGGCGAGCAGCUCGGAAGACAGAAACGAUCGGCUGAAACUCCAAUGGAUAGCACACAGCUGGUGAUGAGGCUACUGAAGCAUAUAAAAUCGAAUAAUGAAUAUCAAAACAUCGCUAUAGAGAAAAUGAUGACUGCCCAAGAAAUAGCUGACAAAUAUGGUAUACCCUUCACACCAGAUACAGAUAUUCUUACCGACUUAGCAAAGAAUGCCAAUGAACAGGCUUUCGAAAUGACUUCUAUUCUUAAAGAUUCCUGUGACAUGAAGAAUAGUUCUCAAUGUAAGGUUAUAGACGAAUCAAUCAGUACUAGCUACAAUAAUAAUAUAUCUUCUGUUGUUGAAAAUGAAAAAGUAAAAACGAAUAAUAAUUCAGUUAACUCUACAGUAACUCUUCCGCAUAACAUGAGCAACGAAAACGUCAGUCAAAAACGAGAUAAUGAUUACCUAUCACCUUACUACUACUACAACUGGCCUGAAACUCAGAUAGUGGCUCCAGAUGUAGACCAGUACAGCAUACCAGUAACUUCAAAGCCAACAUUUUAUGAUACUAUAUCUUAUAAUCCAAUGUUUGACUAUCCUUACUGUUCCUUGGAACCUAUAAAUAAUGUUCACUAUCUGAAUGACUUCGAACCGGAGCCCAUAUUGACAGGGGAAGAGUAUGAGGAAACAGUGUCUUCCAAAGUAUUCAUAGAACACACUGAGCCAGGCGCGGGCACUGUCAACCACGUCACCACCUACACUCUCUCUGAGAAAGCUCAUUUCAAGACCCCCGAGAUAGAACAACUGCCUCAGCAGAUGCAGUAUUAUUUUUUUUUAAUGUAAGCGUCUUGGUUUGCAUCUUAGUUGUAGUUAUUAUUGCAUUUAGUGUUUAAUUAAAAACAUGUUUCGUAUAAAGUACUACGAGUUAUCGUUAGUGUUUCAUAAUAAAAUAAACUGUAAAUUCAAUCAC